AUGCUUCGCCCAUUAAGUCAACAUUCAACGCGUACGUGCCCUGUUUAUGUAACUUCUUCAUCUUUUAAUCAAAAUGCUUUAUUUUCUACUGGUCUCGGUCGCGGUUCAAUGGAUCAAAUUACCCUUGGAGGAAAAUCUAUCUCCUUAAGUCAGAGGUUAAGGAAGAAUUCAGAAGUAAAUGGUAAUACAAGGUUGGACACAAAGGUAAAAAAUGCUCGACCCGGCCAAUUUGAGGAUGCGAUUGAACAAGGGAAAAAAACAUUUCAAUCUUUAGCUGAGCCAAUACAAGAACCACUUAAACAAAUGUAUGAAGAAUAUAAAUCAUCAUCACCGCUACCACCAUUAAGACGCGAAGGAAGUGCUACCCAACGAAAACAAGAUAAUAAUCGAGGAAUGCACAAAACAUUAAUGAAUAAUUCGUCACGAACCGAUUCAAAGAUGAAUCAAAAGAGUCGAUAUAAAAGAAAAUCGGAACAUAAAUAUGAAAUGCGAUCAAGUAUACCACCACCGCGACAAACUGAUUUUGUGGUGCAAGAUAUCAAUUGGUCGGAUUUUAUUAAUUCAAGUACGAACAAAUUAAGUGUUCCAGAUACUUUGGAGAAUAGUCAAGACGAACAAGCGGCAUUACGGUUAGAAUUGGAGGGUGGGGAUUAUGAUCGUUACCUUUCAUUUCCAAAAUCUAUGCAAGGAAAAUUCAACCUUGACAAUGAUUUAUCCAAUUCUUUACAAAAAGUCAUAGGUCAGAAUCCUUCUUAUAACCUUUCAGAGAAAAAACUGUUUUAUGAAGCUUUGUUGCAAAAUUUGAAUAUAUCCGGCGAACUUCUUCAAAGUAGUCUUUGGAGAAAGUUGUUCGAUUGCCGUAAAGUA